AUGAUCACUCAGUAUAUAUUCCUGAGUCUGAUUGUGAUUUCAACAUGGUUUUAUCAGAAUAUCAACGCCUGUCCUACUGGGUGUCAGUGUACACCUACAGGAUGGGGACAGAGAGCGUUCUGUCGCGGAGGCUCUCUUCAAGACAUAUUGGGAUCAUUAGAUAAAAAUAUUCAUCAACUUCAUGCUACCCAGGCAACAAGUAUACGUGUUUUACGUAAAGAAGAUUUUCAACAUUUACAAGGAUUUCAACUGACAAAAAUAUUUCUAACUCAGUGUUCAAUUCAAGAAAUUCAAGGGAAUGUGUUCAGUGAUUUGUCUUCUUUAUUGGAAUUGAGUUUUACAGAAAACAACAUCAAUAUUAUUUCAAAUGAUGCAUUCUCAGGAUUAUCCCAUCUGAAAAGACUUGAUCUUUCAAAAAAUAGGAUCAGUAAAAUAGGAACAGUCUUUCGUAAUUUAAAAAGCCUAGAACAUCUGGACCUUGGUUCUAAUUUAUUAAAUAAUCUGGAAGCUGGUUCAUUUUUAUCACUAUCAAAUCUAGUCGUGUUAAAACUUGAUGGAAAUCAGUUACAGAAGGUGAAUGGUGACAUAUUUAAAGGUUUAGACAACUUAAAACAUCUGAGUUUACGGAACUGUGAUUUAGUUUCAGUAGAUAGUAAUUUAUUUAAUGUAGUUCGUAGACUGAAGUCUUUGGACCUUGGAGAGAAUCGAUUGAGUUCAAUUCCACAAUCCAAAGACUUUAUCAAUCUCAAGUCAUUAGAAAAUUUAUAUUUAGAUAGAAAUGAAUUAACAACAUUACAAGACUCUCAAUUUAGUGAUAUGACAUUAAAUAAACUUAGUCUAGCUAAAAAUAGAAUCAACAGACUCUCACAAAAAACAUUUGAAUUUUUAGAAGUUCGUGAAUUAGACAUAUCAUAUAAUAUUAUUUAUGACAUUGAAGAUUUAUUCCUACGCACAACGUCACAACAUAUAGAGAAAAUCAAUUUAGCAGGAAAUCCAAUUCGUUUACUACCAGAGAAUUCCUUUCAAAGUUUAUAUCGACUCACUUAUUUAAAUCUUUCAUCAUGUACCUUAGAGAAGAUUACAGAAAAUCUCUUUCGUGAUCUGAACAAUUUACGCACAUUGGACGUUUCUCAUAAUAAUAUUCAAUAUCUACCCCAAGAUGUUAUUGUGAUUUUAAAUAAACUUCAAACAUUAAAUAUUCAAAAUAACCCUUGGCAUUGUGAUUGUAAUAUCAAAUCAUUAAAGAACUGGUUACAUGAUCCUAAAAGU